AUGAAAGACAUUCACACUUCAUUUGGUGCAUGUGCUCAAGUUAGAAUAACACUCCCUCCAACUUUCGAAACAGUUAAAUCACGGAAACGGUUAUUCAAAGUAUGUAUACAGUUACAACAACCCUCCUUAAUGUGGAAAGAAUAUACAAUAACAAAUGUGCAAUUUUUUGAUGAGUAUUUAGACAAUUCUAACCAGACCACAACAGAUUCCACUGAAGAUCGACACACACAUCUAAUCAAUGAGACACAGAAUGCUUUGACCACACUUUGCACACUAAUAGAAUUUAAACAAACGAUACAAAGCCGUGAACUUAACGAAAUAGAUACCUUAGCACUAUCUGACGCACACUUUAAAAUUACUUGA